GCAGUCCAGGCGGGGCCGGGGGUGCUGGCCGGGGGAGCCUGGGCUGCGUGGGCUGCUCCGGCCCGGUGCUCAGCCGGGCCGCGGCCUGCUGCACAGCUGUCCUGCUCGGGCCUCUGAGCUCAACCCUCCAGCCUGUGCCCUAGUUACUGAAGCUAUUGGUCCGUGAUGACAACCAUUUCUGACCUUCCAGAAGAUGUCCUGGUGGAGUUGUUUUCCAUGCUCCCAGCCCGGGAUCUGAUCUGUAUCUGCAGACUCGUCUGUACCCAGUGGCGAUAUGUGGUGGAUCUAACCACCCUAUGGAAGCGGAAGUGCCAGCGGGAGGGGUUUCACACUCAGAAUUUGGACAGAAGCAUCCCUGACUGGAAGAUAUUCUAUAUGCUCUGCAACAUGAAGAGGAACUUGAUAAAAAAUUCCUGUGCUGAAGAGGAUUUUCAGCACUGGAAACUUGAUUAUAAUGAGGGAGAUAAAUGGAGGAUUGAGGAGCUGCCUGGACCUCUUGGCAGAGAGAUGCCAGAUCCAAAAGUACACAAGUAUUUUGUCACUUCAUUUGGGCCAUGCUUCAAGUCUCAACUCAUUACCUUGAAGAAUGAAGGAUACUGGAAUGAACUGAUGGAUGAGAAAAGGCCUGAAAUUGUAGUCCAGGAUUGGUAUGCUGCCAGAUUUGACUGUGGCUGCCGUUACGAAAUCACUGUGAGGCUGCUUUCUGAAGAUUAUAUCGUCCUUGAGGAGUUCCACCCUGAGCCGGUGGUUAUCGAGCAGUGGAGCGAUGCAAUGUGGGCAGAGAUUUCUCACACCUUCCACAAUUACCCAGCUGGAGUUCGCUAUAUCUGGUUUCAACACGGAGGCCAAGACACCCAGUUCUGGGCAGGAUGGUAUGGGAUCAGAGUGACAAACAGCAGCAUCACCAUUGGGCCCUGGACAUUAUUAUGAAGACACAAUAUAAAUGUUCUUUUUUACCUCAGGAUUGCAACAGGUGGUCUCAGGUGCACUUAAAGCCAGGACACUCGCCCAGAGU